GGCAGUACCCCCAGUAGAUACAGCUCUGACGUCAAUGCGUUCCUGAGCAUGCCUACAAGGCUUGAAAAUAAACAAAGACCGAAAGCGGGCGAUUGAUCAUUAAGCUGCCAUAAACUUUAACUUAAAAUACUUUUGAAGCCAUUUUUAGGUACUAAAGAAAAACAACAACCGCCCAGCAUCUGAAGAAAGACGUCUCUACAGCCAUGGAAAAAGCAUUGUUGAUGCGAGUGAGUGUUUUUUCCGAUCAGGGAGGCAGAAAAUACAUGGAGGAUGUUACCGAGGUAGUAAUGGAGCCCGAGCCGGGGGAAGACGAGCUGAACUCGGACGAACAAGAUGAAACCAAAGGGAAUAACUCGACGGCCGACAUUGUGCCGGAAAAGCCUGAAAACGAGCAGGAAGAUCGGAAUGCACUGAACAAUCCUCUAUCUGCCUCUGCAUCCACUACAGUUACAUGGACACAAAAUGUACAAAAUGGGAACCAACAUUUUGCAGCUGCUGCACUGGCAGGAUCGAAAGUGGAGAGUACUCCGGCGGCGACCAAGAGCGAUAACCGGCCCCAGCGAUCAGUGGCUUUCUUCGCGGUGUUUGAUGGCCACGGAGGCCGAGAGGCAGCGCAAUUCGCAAGGGACUAUUUGUGGGAAUUCAUCAAGAAACAGCGGGGCUUUUGGUCCAAGGAUGACGAGGAAGUGUGUGCAGCUAUUCGGAAAGGUUUCGUUGCCUGCCACCAUGCCAUGUGGAAAAAACUACCCGAAUGGCCCAAGACUUUCACGGGGUUACCCAGCACCUCAGGCACCACGGCCAGUGUAGUGGUAAUCCGGGGGGACCGAAUGUAUGUGGCCCACGUAGGAGACUCUGCCAUAGUGCUGGGGGUGCAGGAUGACCCCUCUGACCAGUUCAUCAGGGCUGUGGAGGUUACACAGGACCACAAGCCUGAGCUUCCCAAGGAGAGGGAGCGUAUUGAAGGGCUGGGGGGCAGUGUGAUAAAGAAGUCGGGUGUGAACCGGGUGGUGUGGAAGAGACCCAGGCUGACUCAUAACGGGCCAGUCAGGAGGAGCACGGUCAUAGACCAGAUACCGUUCCUGGCUGUGGCCAGAGCUCUAGGCGACCUGUGGAGCUAUGACUUCUACAGCGGAGAGUUUGUAGUGUCCCCGGAGCCAGACACCUGUGUUCUGACCCUUGACCCCAAUAAACACCGUUACGUCAUCCUGGGCAGUGACGGGCUGUGGAACAUGGUGCCCCCCCAGGACGCCGUCUCCAUGUGCCAGGACAACGAUGAGGCCAUGGCGCCGUGCGGGGUGUCCAGCGCUCGCCAGCUGGUGAGCCACGCCCUCCUGCGGUGGCGCCAGAGGAUGCUGCGCGCGGACAACACGUCGGCCAUCGUGAUCGCCCUGCAGGAGCCGGGUGUCCCUCAGGAGCCCCUCCACCAUGAGGAGGUACUGCUGAACCUGGCUGAGGGACAGCACUGUGGCCCCGCGUCGUACUCCCGCUCCAACACACCACUCAUCAAGGUUCCAGACAUGGACAUGCCGUCUGCUGUGUGUGAGCUCCUCCCGACCCUGGAGAGACGAAACGGCCUAUCAGGGAGCAGCCUGUACGCCUUGGCCCUAUCAGAUCCCUUCGGCCCGCCCCUCUCUGACUCGGAUGACGACUCCCGCUCCAGGUUUCCCUUGAUGACGGACAGCCCUGCCCCGGGGGAGAAGCUUAGUGAUGUCAAUGCCAGGACACCCGGCAGCAAACGGACGCUGGAUGAGACGUCGCCCAGCCCCGUCCCGUCCACCAAGAGGACCCGGAGGAAGAAUGGCGAGACAACACCGGUGGGAGCAGCGGCGGGGGCGAAAGACGGUGGAGGAAAAGACCAGAAACAGACUCCGCCCCCCACCGUGUCCCCUGCACUACUCCAGCAGCAACACGGCAAGACCACCGUGUGUGUGUGCUGAGAGACACACACACACUCUCUGCAGACGGACGGCCCCUCCUCACCAUACAUACAAACAGAGAUACAAGACAGACAGUAACAUUCUGCUUCUUCUCCGACCUUUUUACAAAUCACUGAGAGACCGGUCGCUCCUGACUGGGAGACCGAUCGCUCCUGACUGGGAGACCGGUCGCUCCUGACUGGGAGACCGAUCGCUCCUGACUGGGAGACCGGUCGCUCCUGACUGGGAGACCGAUCGCUCCUGACUGGGAGACCGAUCGCACCUGACUGGGAGACCGGUCGCUCCUGACUGGGAGACCGGUCGCUCCUGACUGGGAGACCGGUCGCUCCUGACUGGGAGACCGAUCGCACCUGACUGGGAGACCGGGUCGCUCCUGACUGGGAGACCGGUCGCUCCUGACUGGGAGACCGGUCGCUCCUGACUGGGAGACCGGUCGCACCUGACUGGGAGACCGGUCGCUCCUGACUGGGAGACCGGUCGCUCCUGACUGGGAGACCGGUCGCUCCUGACUGGGAGACCGGUCGCUCCUGACUGGGAGACCGGUCGCUCCUGACUGGGAGAGCGGUCGCACCUGACUGGGAGACCGGUCGCUCCUGACUGGGAGAGGUCACUACAAUGAGGUCAUCAUGCCAUAUGUCCAUGUCAGCCAGCCAGUCAGCCAGCCAGUCAGCCAGCCAGUCAGCCAGCCAGUCAGCCAGCCAGUCAGCCAGCCAGUCAGCCAGUCUGUCAGCCAGUCUGUCAGCCAGUCUGUCAGCCAGUCUGUCAGCCAGUCUGUCAGUCAGCCAGUCUGUCAGUCAGCCAGUCUGUCAGUCAGCCAGUCUGUCAGUCAGCCAGUCUGUCAGUCAGCCAGUCUGUCAGUCAGCCAGUCUGUCAGUCAGCCAGUCUGUCAGCCAGCCUGUCAGCCAGUCUGUCAGCCAGCCUGUCAGCCAGCCUGUCAGCCAGCCUGUCAGCCAGCCAGUCAGCCAGUCAGUCAGUCAGUCCAGUGUGGGCAUUUUGUUCACUUGUCUCUUAUCUUUUGUCUUACUCUGUUCCCCCGGAUGGUGGAGAAUGAUUUUAAGUGGUGGUCUGUUAAAUACUUUUUUAACACCUGUAAGUAACUCUGUGAUUUAAAUAAAAGGGUAACAUUUUCUGGCUGCAAAACGGCUCUUGCGACAUGUACAAAGUUUCCCAAAAUAACCACAACAUUUGGGGUCUAGGGGGCAUUUCCAAACAGAGACUGGAAUUCCACGUCUGGUGAUUACAUCACAUGAAACACAUUUCCCCAGUCUUUACUUGAAGUCCACAUAAAGUUACAAGAUACUGUAUCUCUCUCUCUCUCUCUCACUUUGAUGUGAAGUAAGGACUGAUUUUGUUCAGUGCUGUUUUGUGGACAGAAAAUCAUCCCAAAGUAUGAAUUUGUCCAAUCUGUAAAUAUAAUCUUGACGUGGGUUCAUUGAUAAGUACAUGUGUUACUUACUUUAAGUAAAGCAAUAUAUUUUUAUACAUUGUUUUAUUUUACUAUUGUAGAAGCUAUAGAAGAGGAUAUCCUGCCAUUUUGUAUUAGUUUCCCCCAUCUUCUAAAUUCACCCUUUGACCUAGUUAUCUCUAUUCUCUUGAUAUUGGUCAUUAUCUCUAUUCUCUCACAGCAUUCAAUCCCUCUAUCCUUCAUGACUUACUAUUCUGAUCCUGCUUUUACAUUUAAUUUAAAUGUGUUUUCUAUUGGUUUUUUGGGGGGUUUUUAACUCACAUUUAAUGAGAUCAAUUGAACUUUCAUCCCAAACUGAAGGUGCUGUUACGUUAAACCAGUAGCCGAAAUGAACUAUACUUAACAAAAAUAUAAACGCAACAUUCAACAAUUUCAAAGAUUUUACUGAGUUACAGUUCAUAUGAAGAAAUCCAGUCAAUUGAAAUAAAUUCAUUAGGUCCUAACCUAUGGAUUUCACAUGACUGGGAAUACAGAUAUGCAUCCGUUGGUCACAGAUACCUUAAAAUAAAAUGGACCUCAGAAUCUCAUCACUGUAUUUUUGUGCUUUCAAAUCGCCAUUGAUAAAUUACAAUGGUUGGUUGUCCGUAGCUUAUUCCUGCCUCCAUACCGUAACCCCACCGCCACCAUGGGGCGCUCUGUUCACAGGGUUUUCUUAUUCCUGCCUCCAUACCGUAACCCCAUCGCCACCAUGGGGCGCUCUGUUCACAGGGUUUUCUUAUUCCUGCCUCCAUACCGAACCCCAUCGCGACCAUGGGGCGCUCUGUUCACAGGGUUUUCUUAUUCCUGCCUCCAUACCGUAACCCCAUCGCCACCAUGGGGCGCUCUGUUCACAGGGUUUUCUUAUUCCUGCCUCCAUACCGUAACCCCAUCGCGACCAUGGGGCGCUCUGUUCACAGGGUUUUCUUAUUCCUGCCUCCAUACCGUAACCCCAUCGCCACCAUGGGGCGCUCUGUUCACAGGGUUUUCUUAUUCCUGCCUCCAUACCGUAACCCCAUCGCCACCAUGGGGCGCUCUGUUCACAGGGUUUUCUUAUUCCUGCCUCCAUACCGUAACCCCAUCGCCACCAUGGGGCGCUCUGUUCACAACGUUGACAUCUGAAAACCGCUCACCCGGGUUCGAUCCCAGGAUGUCACGCGUUCUAGCGACACCUUGUGGCGGGCCGGGUGCCUGCAGGCUGACCCCGGUCGUCAGUUGAACUGUGCCACUUUCCUCCGACACAUUGGUGCGGCUGGCUUCCGGGUUCUGGAUCGGGACGGUUGAGCUAACACAGGCUAAUGCGAUUAACAUGAGGUUGUCAGUAACAAGAACAUUUCCCAGGACAUAUCUGAUUCUGGCAGAAAGCUUCAAUUCUUGUUAAUCUAACUGCACUGUCCCCUUUACAGUAGCUAUUACAGUGAAGGAGGAGUUGUUUGAGGAGCAUGCACAAUUUUGAACAUGAAAAGUUAUUCAUAAACAAAUGAGGCACAUAGCGGCAGUCUUGCCACAAUUAUUUUUAGCAGAAAUGCAAUGGUUCAUUGGAUCAGUCUAAAACUUUGCACAUACACUGCUUCCAUCUAGUGGCCAUCUAAAUUGCAGCUGGGCUGGAAUAAUACAUUAUGGCCUUUCUCUUGCAUUUCAAAGAUGAUGGUUCAAAAAAAAAAUACAAACGAUAGGUUGGCUUUUUUUGGUAUUAUCUUUUACUAGAUCUAUUGUGUUAUAUUCUCCUACAUUCGUUUCACAUUUCCACAAACUUCAAAGUGUUGCCUUUCAAAUGGCACCAAGAAUAUGCAUAUCCUUGCUUCAGGGCCUGAGCUACAGGCAGUUAGAUUUGGGUAUGUCAUUUUAGGUGAAAACUGGAAAAAAAUGGUCGGAUCCUUAAGAGGUUUUAAGCCGGGAAAGUGUUAAGAAGCGUGGUUUGGCGGGUCAUGUUUCAGAGGACGCAUGACUCGGCCUUAGCCCUCUCCCGAGCCCAUUGGGGAGUUGCAGCGAUGAGACAAGAUUGAAAUUGGGGAGGAAAGGGGGGUAAAAUACAACCUCCCCCAAAAAAUUUGACUAAUAAAAGAACCGCUCGUACACACGACGCCUGACACCGUGGUCUGAGGCCAGUUGGAUGUAUAGUGUCAAACGAUCUAAAACGAUGUUGCAACAGCUCUGGUGGAUAUUCCUGCAGUCACCAUGCCAACUGCACUCUCUCUCCCUCAACUUGAAACAUCUGUUGUAUUGUUGUGACAAAACUGCACAUUUUUAGAGUGGUAUUUUUUAAUUGGUCCCCCAGCACAAGGUGCACCUGUGUAAUGAUCGUGCUGUUUAUUAAUCAACUUCUUGAUAUGCCACACCUGUCAGGUGGAUGGGUAAUCUUGGCAAAGGAGAAAUGCUUCAUAACAGGAAUGUAAACAAAUUUGUGCACAUAAUUUGAGAGAAACGUUUUCUUUGUGAGUAUGGAACAUUUCUGGGAUAUUUCAUUUCAGCUCAUGAAACAUUGGACCAACACUUUUACAUGUUGCGUUUUUUAAAUAUUUUUGUUCAGUGUAAUAAUUCAUUAAUAGUUGAUGAAGGUGAACUGUUUAAAAUAAUCAGGAUGUUGUUGUUCCCACUGUCAAGAUGAGAUCAGAUGACACCUAGUGGCCAUGACCUGUAAAUGCAAUUAUUUGCCUAUUUUUCCCUUUUGCUGCAUUUACCCCCAACAACAAUAUCUGCAUCCCAAAUGCAGACAAUUAACUGUGUAGGCCUGUGUUUCCAAAACUAGGGGUCGUGACCCCAUUGUAGGGUCUCCUGAUUUGAAAAAUGGGGUUACGAGAGAAAAUAAAAUGGAGUUUGGUUCAUAGAACCAGGGUUACGUCAGAUGCGAUUGUAGUAAACGGAGCCGUUUCUGUUUUCAUCCUACAAGUGUGGCUCUUAUCUUACGGACCGUUUUAAGCUACAAAAUAUUAUGACCCCGUCACUGAAAGAUAUGACACUCAGGAAUAUGUCUUCUGUUUCUCUCUGCAAUGUCCACAAGCCUCAUUAGAACAGAGUGGACAAGACCAGGCACUAAAUCAGACUGGGGCGGGGCAUCGAUGAUGAUGUUGUGUUCUACACAGAAGAACAUACAACAUGAUUGGCGAAUGAUCUUCUGAACUUCCCACAAUACCUUUUCUAAAGCAUUUCAGUCACUUCAAACCAUAUUGAAAUACUGUCAAAAGUACUGUCACACUGAUAUGUACUAGACUGUCAUGGCCCAAAUUUAUAUAAAAAAAAAAGAUAUAUAAAUGAUUUCUAUGUGUUCUGAUGCAGUGGUCUUGUAAGAGAAAGUGGUCGUGGGGAAACUAGCUAGAUGUCAAUACACUGAGUGUACAAAACAUUAAGAACACCUUCCUAAUUUUGAGUUGCACUGGUCAGUCUAUGUCAUGUAAACAAGCAGGCGUUGAUAAUGUUCUGUACACUCUGUGUGGGUUGUUGUUUUUUCAUUUAGAGGGGUUUAUCGUAAGCUAAAAACAAAUUUUGUUCUCAUUGACUUGGAAUCUGACCGAUAGGCUAGUUAUGACUUCUUGACAUCUUUUGAAUCAUAUGAAUGUUCUAUUUGAAAAGCAGUCAGACGCUUCGUCUUCAGUUACCUAGACGGAUAUUACUUUCCUGUAUGAAUGAUGUAAGUUCAAGCAUUGUUUCAUUAUUUCACCUGUUUUGUCCUCAUUUUAGCUGCUGUUGUGAUUUUUUUUUUUACAGUGCAUCAGACUUUUUUUAGCAGUGCUAGUGUUUUUAGAAAGGUCUGCCAACUGCCACAUUUGCUUGAUGACAAGUUCUCGUUAAAUUAUUCAUUAUCUUUAGUCAUACAGUAUGUAGUUUUUGUUUUUCUAGACCAAAGUGCAAUUUUAAUGACAUUUUGUAACAUUUUUUGUUUGUUGUAUUUCCUAGUAGGCCAAUAUUAGUUAUAUAUAUCGGGGGUUUUUUUGUGUGAUUUUUUUUUUUUUAAACUUGAUUGAGAAGAAAAAAAAGGUGAUGUGAUACUGGUUUAUUGUCUGUUACUUUGUUGGGGAUUGUUUUGUGCAUAAUGUUUUUCUUAACAUUUAUUUUGGCGGUGUCCCAAAUUACACCCUAUUCCAGAUGUAAUGCACUACUUUUUGACCGAAACCCUGGUCAAAAGUACUGCCACAUAUAUAUAUAUAUUUUGAGAUGUAUCCUUUGUUUUUCCAGGUGAAGUGAGUCAUUUUACAGGUUCAUUCUGUUAUGCCACCCUGUUCCGCUUGGCACAGACAGCAACUAGUGCAUGUGUACAGUGUUCAUGUGGAAAAUUUGAAUUGAAAAUAUGUGAAAUAAAAAUGUUUUCAGA